GGCCGAUAGUGAAUCGAUAGGCCAUAGGAUCUAGGACUCUGAAGUUUGCAUUGUGCACUUCAAUGAGACUAUUUCUAUAGUCACACAGAGAAUGACCUCGAUCACAGAAGACCCUUCUCUGCCCUUGGAUAUGGAUGGAACGUCGAAUGUGCUGUCCAACUCUCAAUUUGGUAGCCAUGACAGUACGGAACAGGAUAUUUCCGUGUCCAGUGAGCUAGAGCAUCCAGGGAUGUUUCGUAACCUCACGAGUGCGGGUAAAGUCUCUCCUCACAGGACACGGACCAUGAAGGACCAGGAGGCUCAACUUGGUGAGUACAAGAAAGAAAAUUUUGGACUUAAGUUACGUAUCUACCAUCUGGAGGAGGUGCUGCGGAGGAAGUGGGGGGACAGUGACGAUGGCUGGAAAAUGAAUAUAGAGCUUCAAGUGCAGCUGGGUAACAUGAGGAAAGAGCUGGAGGAGAAGGGAGCUCUGUUACUGAAAGCAAAACAAGCCAUUGAUCAGAUGUCGGCACAACACGAUGCCCAUAUAAAGGAUAUGCAGGAUCGUGCCGAGGCGUCCAAUCAGACGGCAGCGUUGGAUGAACUUCGUCGAUCGCUGGCUGAGAGAGAUGAGGAUUUGGAGCAAGCUCUGAGAGAGGCUGAGAAUGGCACCCAGCAAAUGCAUGAUAUGCAGGAUUUGAACGAUGGUCUAACGGAGGAGCUGAGAGACAAGGAUGACCAGCUGGGUCGCAUGCAGAGGGAGCUUGAGGACCUGCAGAGAGCACUAGAAGAGAAGGAGACGCCCCCGGCACAACCACACACUGCCCCCAGGGCAUGUCAGACAGUGGAGCCUCUACCAGCCAUGCUGGCACAAGCGGCUGACGCUUUAGAGGCUGCACAGGCAGAGCUAGUAAACAAACAGGAACAAAACGAAGCACUCAAAACCAAAAUGGCUGACAAGGACCGACAAAUCCAACAACUGGAGAUAGAGCUCCUCUCGUCCAGCCAGAAAUUAGCCGCUGGUGCCGGCGACCACGCAAUGGAAAUGCAAGACCAGGCUUCUGAACUCGAUCGUUGCCGGGGGAAACUAAAGGACUUGGCCGACAAGCUACGUGAUAAAGAGGCGGAGCUUCGUAGUGUGCAAGGAGAGCGAGAGGGGGCGUGGCAACAAGCUCGAGAGGCGGAGACACUUGUACAGCGACUGCAACCAUUGGUGGCCGAGAGAGACAGGGAGAUACAAGAUUUGCAGCGAAGGCUUGAGGACGCUGGUAAUAGGGAGAGAGCAAAGGACGAGGAGAUGAGUGACCUCAAAGGUCGUCUGAGAGAUGCAGAGUCACGAGCACGACAAGCCCAACCUGACAUAGAUGCCAAGCAGAGGGAGAUUGAGAUGCUGACAGAGGCACUGGAGGACAGAGACGACGAAAUGAAGAAGUUGAAAGCCAAGCUACAUGAGGUGGAGGAUGCUCUGUCACAUGCCAGACGCUCGGCACACAUGGUGGGCGUCGACAAUAGAGAGCAAAAUGAAACUCUUAAGAAGCUUGCGGACGAAAUUGAAGCUCUGAAAACUCAGCUGGCCAGGCAGCAACAUGGAGCAAAGGGUGACCUGGAGGCUGCUCUGGCUGCUAAAGACGCGGCUAUUGAGCAGAUGCAGAGAGAGUUGGAGGAGCUUCAGUCUAAACUGGGCACAGCUGAGCAGACCAUCCUACACCUCACCACCAGCAAGGCAGCGGAGAUGGGUGUUCUCAGAGCCACCAUUGACGACCUGAACAGACAACUGGAGCAUUUGGAAAGACUGAACCGUGAUCUCCGGAGUGAGGUGGGACGGUUGACUGGGGAGAAGGCUGGUCUGGAGAGAGAGGUGGCUAAACUGAGGGAACAGAAUGGAGAUCUGAGAGACCAGUUGGCAGCCAUGGAGAGUGAGCUGGCAGAGAUGAGGAGGGACUUGGCACAGGCAGAACAAACGAUUGCUGAUCUCCAGAAGUUGAUUGAGGACCUUCGUAGACGGGGUGAACAGAAUGGAGCCAGUCAAGAGGAACUGGCCAGCCUUCGUGCCCUGUUGGCUUCGAGGGAGAGAGCGUUGCGUAACAAAGAGGCGGAGUUGGAAGCUUUGAGAGCAACCCUAGGUAUCAAAGAUCGCCUGAUUGCCGAGCUACAAGAAGACGUGGGUCGACUAAGCAGAGAGGGGGCAGAGCUAACAGAACAGCUGAGGGAACUGGAGAAGGAGAAGAACAGUUUAGAGGCGGAGCUAGCCAAGCUGCGAUCUCAGGCCCGCAUCUCCAAGCUGGCAGCAGAUGAUCUCCAGUCUAAACUGACUCAGGCCUUCGGAGAGAGGGAGGAGUUAGCGAGGAAACUACAGCUGGCUCAGGACGCUCUCAGGGAGAAGGAAGCAACCAAUAGUCAGUUUGAGGAUCGUCUGAGGGAUCAGAUAGACCAGCUGCAACGUCGACUGGAUGAGUUCUCACAUCACACGCCCCCUCAUGGCGUAAAGGUCACCACCCACAAGACCACCACCACUACAGAAACAGACGGAGGAGCCACACCUGCCAGAGACGGAAAGUCUAGCUCCACCACGAUGAUAUUUGGCUCUCCCUCGGACAGCAUUCUCCUGACCAUCCUCCAGCGACUACAGGAACUGUCAGCAGAGAUCUCAGCUGGUAGGACAGACUCCAACGUGGCUUCUAGUUCCCUCUCAUCUAAACUUGAGCACCUCACGGCCUUGCAGCGCCAUCUUGAAGGUAGCCUCAAGAAGCAACCCUCGGACACAGGUGCUAACAUCUCCGAGGGUGACAGACACUACACCAACUACUACUUUAUGGGAGGUGAAGAGGAAGAGACCACCUCCGAUACUGAGCAACUAGUGAGCAGCACUCCCAAGAAGAUGUCCCCUCGUCGAAACCUCUCCUCUGACCUGGCUGCCACCACAGCUGCGCUCAGGGACGCCACUGCACAGGUUGGUGCCCUCCAGUCUGAGCUGGACGAGCUGAAGCGCUGGAACAGUGAGCUGCAAGCACGCUUGGAUGACUCCAGACCACCCCCCAACUACCACCAGCUGGAAGGGGAAGUGGACAGACUAGUAGCAGAAUUAGACGCAGAACGUGAGCGGUCAAAACUCGAUAGGGAUCGACAGCAACAAGAAUUUGAUGCCCUCCAAGAACAACUCAAGAGUACGGAGGAUAAAGUGGUUGAUUUAGAGCAUCAACUGGGAGUGGCUAUGAUGCGUGAUGCAGGCACUUCCACUGACGAUAAAACUUCAGAAUCUCUUCAAUCUGAAAUCGAAAAGCUUGUCAGCGAAUUAGACGGAGCUAGGGCAACUAUUGCUGCACUCAGGGGAAAAUUAGAUGCUGAGAAAAACGAAGCGCAUCGACUUCGCACGGAACUCUCCGACUUACACGUCACUCAUAACACUUCACACCAAACAGACGAUGAGGAAUAUGCCUCUUCUUCAAUGCCUAACCUUCACGCAUCCAAACACCUCUCUGAGAGUUGGACCAGCCCUGCCAAAGCAUCUGCUAGCUUUAGUGAGCAACCAGACGUCAAGGAACUGAAGAGAAAACACGAGGAAGUGACUCGAUUGAAUCAAGAGCUCCAACGAAAAUGCCAAGAACAAUUAUUCCGUUCUCCGUCCUCGUCUAGGCCUAGUAGUGGUGGUCAUACCACGACAUAUUGGCAGGGGAGGUUACGAGAACAAGAGGACAGGCUGCGGACAGAGAUGAUGGAACAAGAGAGGGUGCUCCUGGCACAGAUACGUGAGGCGGAGGCUAGUGCUAUCGAGAGGGAAGGGGAGUGGAGACAGCUGGAGGGAGAGCUGCGACGACAGGUGGCGGAUUUGGAGGCUCGUCUCUCUGAGGCGCUGAGAAGUGGAGAGAGGAGGUUCACAGAGGUCACUGCAGAGUGUCGACUCAAGGACGAGGAAAUACAAAAUCUCUCGAAGGCUUUGUCAGCCUCCCAAGAGAAGUUGUUGGUACUGGAGGGACAGCUGGACAUGUUACUGAGGGACAAGAAUGCAGCCAUUGCUGAACUAGAGGGGAGGGUGGUAGCAAUAGACGAAGAGUUGUGUCGAUCUCGAGAAAGAGUGGAACGAUUGAGGCAUGACGGGGGUGGGGUCGAGACUGAGGUGACCACCUUACAUGAGACUGUGGACUCGCUGACUCAGCAAUUGACGUCUAGGAUUGAAGAUAUCGAUGGGUUAGAGAGAAAAAACCGCUCGCUGGAGGAACAGAAGACGAUUCUCAACAGUCAGCUAGCCUCUGCACAAGAACAGAUACUCAUGCUCAAAGAAGAACUAGCCCUCUACAAGAAACUACUCGAUGAGAAACACUCUGACACCACCACAACCACGUCGGUCGAUCUAAAGCAAGUGCUACAACUUCUCGAGGAGAUACGCAGACUACGAGAGCAGCUGGAUCAGAGUAUUCGUAACAACCAAGCGUUGUCCGAACAGCUACAGAGCAGAUUAGAACAAACUCAAUCGGAAACAACUCUUCAUUUUAGCACCACACAAGCCAGCCCUGGAUACGGACGGUCCACUCAGACAACUCCACCUAAAGCCACCUCCUCUACUGGACACACGCAGACCACUCCCCCUAAAAGACACACCUCUCGUGGUACCAGUCCUCAUGUUAGAGUGUCCUCUCGCUCCACUAGCACUCGUGUGCCCCUCUCCACCAAAGGCACUGGUACCAAGGCUCAAGGGACGACGGGACGAACUACAAUCUCCUUAAAUUACGACUCUGAAUCUUCUCUUCAAAACUCGUUUAGUGAAAACAAGCUGAGCGAUACUUCAGCAAGUUCCCUGUCACAGCCUCACACCUCCCCCUCCAACCAUCACAGGUCCACCGCCCACACAUCCACUUCAACCACGGCCUUUACACCUCCGAAAGACUCCUCCACUCCUCACACACGUCACAGCGACCCCCUCACACGAAGCACAACUCACAGCACAAGUUUCAGUCCUCCCAGUAAACGGAAGGACCACUCAACACUGACGUCACGUCUAACCCACUCUAAGACGACCACUACCUCUCACAAAGGUUCCGACCUGCUAGGCGGUGGAGCAGGAGGGGGAAAUCCCCGUGGAGAGAAACGAUCGGCAUUUAGUUGGACUGGGACAGGGGAUUUUGACUCACUGGAGACCAGACUGCAACAAGCACUCAACUCUCCUUCUCUACCCGCUGCUGACAGGUCCUUCCUAGAGGACCUCCUGCAUUACCUCCGUCAGCAGAGGAAACAGCUGGAUGAUAGCCGACGACUGUUGGAGCGUCUUGAGCAAUCAUCAAUCCCUUCCACUACUCAUAUCCACGUGGACACGGCCGAGUCAGGGACCCUCCCCACUCCCCCUCACACUCACACAGGAUCACAAGCAUCACACACACAAACGCCCCCUCGUCUCUCCACUCAGACCACACCCACUCAGAGUAGACACGCUACAACAAACACCUACUCGUUCCACUCUGAGAGAUCAAGUGUGCCUCGAACUAGCAGUUCUCCUGGUACGGGACAUGGGAAGGGAGCGUCUGGAAUGGAGAAUGGAAGUGUCUCAGAAACGUACACAUAUACUGGUCCACCUAAAUCCACUGAGAGCGGAGGAAAGGCAGGCAAAGUGGACCUAUCAAAGCUGUAUGAGCAAUUGCUACAGACACACUCCUCUCUAGCGGAGGCAAGAAGCUCGCUGAGCCAACAGAGGAAACAGUGAACUUUUGCUAAAAAUAGACAAGUUUUAUACGUGAAUAUCAUCGUAUUGUUAUAAUUACUGGACUAUCUUUACUAAUUAAAUGUACAUGCACAUGUUCAUGCAGAGGUACAUGUAUACAUGCAGCAUUUUCUAAUUAAGAGAAAAUUAAUAUUGAAAA